UUUAGGCGCGCAUGGAACGGAACCUAAUAAGAAUUGUUUUGUUGUUGUUGAUUGCGCAGAAGGGAAAGGAAAAGGUAAUUUCUUGCCGAUUUGAGGGGAUUGAAGGGAUGGAAAGUAAAAAAAGAUGGGGAGAUAGAGAGUUGGGGGGAACAACGACGUUAAAACGAUCGAUUGACGAUUUAUGUGAAUGGUCUGGGGGCUGACAAAACUCUCCUUCCUAUCUUCCCCCCUUUCUCUUCUCUCGUGCGCGAAGGCUUUAAAAAAUAUAUAGUUGGCCAGCCGAGGGCCGAAAAUAAUUUUGAA